UUGAGUAGGGCUAGCUGACCACCCUGGACAGCCUCUUCCUAACAACACUUCUGUUUACAUAAACAAAGGAAGUUCAGUGUUUUGUCUCUUUUUUUGUCUCCAUUUCCUCCUCUGGCUCGAACUGAAUUCAGGAUCGUAUCAAGUUUGAAACUUGAAUCUGACAGGGAGCUGAACAAACUGAAAUGAACCUUAACAAGCAUCAGGAUAAUGAAAGCAGCUGUUAUCACUCAGGACAUGGGAUCGUCAUUGGGGAUGACUCCAGAGCUAUGUUCAACCACAAGACCUGGGACCAAGUCCGCCUUAUCCUCAAGACCCACACCCCCACCCUUUUACCCUAAAAGCCCCACACCCAAACCCCAAACCCCCAAACCCUUUCCCCCUGUAAAGCUCACAUGCACCAUGACUCCGUCCACUCUCUCAGGCACUACAUCCCUUCUGCACGCCAAGUUCAUAUCAUCCUCCACUACAAGCUCCUGGCCACCUCCACUACCCUCCUCAAUCCCCAGUGCCCCACCUCCCUCCACCUGUGGCCCUAUACUCCCAUCCACCUCCAGGCCCACCCUGCCCUCCACCUCCAACACCACACCACCCAUUCCCUUGGCCUCUCUUCCUUCCCCUCCCUUCCUCAAACAGUCCACCCACCCUGGUAUUAGCAUCUUGGAGAAACUAAUAAAAACAUGCCCUGUGUGGCUCCAGCUGGGCAUGGCACCUGAGCGGAGCAAUAGCAUUCUGCAGAGAGAAGUACCUGGGAUCUUUCUGGUGAGGAAGAACACCAAUUUAGAGAGGAUGGUCCUGUCAGUGCGUCUCCCUGACCAGCAUGAGGCACCACAACUUCAAGAUCUGAUCAUCAAGGAGGACAAGUCAUUCAUAUAUCUUGAGGGCUCAGUACUGGUCUUUGAUGACAUCUUCAAACUCAUCGCAUUCUAUUGCAUCAGCCGAGAUAUUCUUCCAUUCACCCUGAGGUUACCUCAUGCUAUUGCCCAGGCAAGUAAAUAUGAAGACAUGGAGAUGAUGACACAUCUGGGCUCAGGUUUCUGGAGCUCCUCCCUUCAUAAUUGCUCAGACAAAAGGCAAGGUUGUAUUAGGAGGGCUGACCUUCCUUCCCAGAGUAAUGCUAAUAACCAUCCUAACCAAAAAUCCUGCGAAAUAAAGCUGUCUGUGGGCAAUGACAGACUUUGUUAUGUCAACCCAAUAUUCACCGAGGAGUACUGCAGCAGCCUAACUGAGAAUACACCCAUCAUCACAGGAAUUAAUCAGAAUAUGACCACUUCUGGUCAGGCAGUGCCUCGGUACAAGAGGCUGCCUCCCCUCCCUCCACAGCUCCACCCCACUGAGGAAUUUCCACCAACAGUCAAGCCGGCUCGAGACCAAGCAGGGGAACCCUCUCUCUCCAUUGCUCCUUGCCCCCUGAUAUACACAGCCAGGAAAAGGCAGGAGGUGGAAAGUGACACCAGCAGCAGAGUCAGCACUCCUGCCCAGGCCCACCAAGCCCAGCAGAGCAGCUCACAAGAAGCUUGUUCAUCUGCACAGUCACCUGUGUGCAACUCUGAAAGAGUGGAUUCUGCUGUCCAGCCUCUACAGAAGAACUUAAGCAAAGCUUGUCCAUCUGAACAGUUGCCAUGCAGCUCCGAGCCACAGCCCUUCCCUCGGAAACGGAUCCCACCAGUGCCCCCCCGCAGCAGGGCCUCUAAAAAACAUCCAGAGCAUCCAGCCGUAGAGGAAGAGAGUAACAUGCCUAAAGAAGACGAGUCACAGGGCACAGUGCCCAUUGCCACACUGAUCUACAUUGAUGACACAACUAUGGUAGUUGGACAGAAAGGGGCACUGCAGGAGAGGAAUGCUACACCCAACAGGCCAACUGUGAGUUCAACCAUCAGUCCCACCUCACUGAAGAAGCCUCCUCCGGUCCCUCCACCAAGGAAGAUGAGGCUGUCCCGGCACCUAACACCUAACCCAUCCUCCGAAGGCCCUGGUGAGCAGGGCGAAGGCCUGCCCCGUACCUCCAGCACCCCCACCCCUACCCACAGCUCAGCCUUUGUGAUGGGUGGCUCAAAGGGUGCAGAUAUCUCCCUAUUCUCACCAGAGGGACAAGUGGCACUGCUUGACCUUGACUCCUCCUCCAGCAGCAGUGCUGAGGAAGAGACUGAAAUCCCCAUCCAGACUCUCUGCCCUUCUACAGUCACCACAGUAACUGCUAAAUUGCACAACUCAAAUGUCAUUCUGGACAAGGCCAAGCAAAAGCUUUCCAGGGUCAACCUGUCUAGUGUCCUCACAGGUUUCAUGAGUGCUGACAAAAAAUUGAAGAAGCAGGUGCUGGCGCUGUCUAGGGAUGGGAACUCGUACUUCGGGAACCUGGUGCGAGACUACCGGGCCUUCACCCUGGAGACCAUGCAUAGGCACAACUCCAGUAUCGAGUUGCUACAGGAGAUCCGGCUGAUGAUGAAUCAGCUCAAGUGCUACCUGGUCCAGAGUGCUGAGCUAAAGACACUGUUGGAGCCCACGGUGUACCCUGAGGAGAAGCUUGAGGUGAUCAUUGAGUCUGCACUGUGCAAGAGUGUCCUGAAGCCGCUCAAGGAAGCAGUGUACUCUGGCCUCCGGGACAUCCACACACGGGAGGGCUCUCUCAGGAGGCUGGAGGUGAACCAGCAGGCAGUGCUCAGCACCACUACCACUGACCUGGGGAUCACCACCAGCUUGCCUGAGGCACCAAUCAUGGAGAAGAUCCAGGUGAAGCUGGCCUCCCUGCAUAGGGAGUACUCCCCUGAGAAAAAGAACUCCCUCCUGGUCAAGACCUGCAAGAUCAUCUAUGAGUCAAUGUCUGUGGGCUGUCCAGGGAGGGCCCAGGGUGCAGAUGACUUCCUGCCUGUGCUGAUAUAUGUUGUGGCACGCAGUAACAUGGUGGCUCUCCUGCACGAUGUGGAGUACAUGAUGGAGCUCAUGGACCCGAAACUGGAGCUGGGAGGUUUCUACUAUCUGACAGCUACAUAUGGGGCACUGGCGCACAUCAAGAACUAUGACAAGCGGGAGGGGCCAUGGCAACUUAGCCUGGAAAUCAAGGACUCCAUCCAAUGCUGGGAGAGGCGUCGCACCCUCUACAAAGCUAAUGUGUCACAGUCCUGUGUGCAGGACUUCAUCAACGUGUCCUUCCUGGAGGCAGGUUCCAACACUAAGACCCUAGGUGCUCAUAGCGACACAACAGCUCAAGACCUGUGUCUGCAGUGUGCUGAGAAGUUUGAGGUUCUGGGGCAAGAGUCAUACAUGCUAUGUGUGCUGGUUGAUGGGCAGUACCGACCGCUAGCCCCAUCUGAAUUGCCCCUAUCAGUUAAAUCCAACUUGUAUCACAGUGAUCCCCGAAGGGAUUAUUUCUUUGUCUACCGUCCAGGGAGCUGGACAAAGGAGGCCAACCUUCCAGACCCACCCCCAACCCUGUCAGACAGCUUGAUCUGAAGGGCAUGCUCAAUAAAGGCUCAUCUCAGAACUAUUUGAUGGAAUUUUAAAUAAUUUGAACUAAAUUUACAUAUAAAAAAUAAUAUAAACUUGUUUAUGACUGCCAUGAAGGAAACAUACUCCUCUGGUGUUCUGCCCAGGUCAAAGAUAAUGGUGAAUAUGUCUUGAUGGGAAUAAAAAAUGGAUGUCAAUAGAGACAUGUUGUAGUGAGGUUAUUGUCCUGUGAGAACUUUUUGAACUUACAAUCUCAUGAAUAUUUAUAUGGAUAUCAUAUAAUGAAGGUGCAUGUUCAGCAAAAAUGCUUUUUAUUGGUAGCUAUAGAAUACUGAAGUGACAUACUGGUUCCAGUAUAAAUGCCAUUCACAUUUGCCAUAGGGAAUUUGAUUUGAUAUGAGUAUGUAUGAAAAGUAAAAGGUAGACUUACCAUGAGCUACCAGAUUGUAUGCUCUUUUAGAAGGCAUAAAUUAGUCUGAGUUCAACUUUGUUUUAAUCCUGGCGAAGAACUGAAAACCUAUACUACCCACAAUCCUAAAGUGCUGUUACCACGGAGAUGUCCACCACUCCGAGUUUGCGGGUACUAUGAACUCUCAUUGAAAAGCGCGAUGAGAGUAGUUACCAUUGGUUACAACCUACUUCACUCCACCAUGGACCAACACUGCGAUAAAUACAAGAAAGCACUAAACAUAAAAUGUAACCUAAAAUGUACAGGAUUACUAUCCAUUUACAUGAAAGUGGGUGGAAAGUGAUUUGACUACAUUGUUCUCAAGCUUCAUGGGAUGCGUUGUUCAUUCUCAUUAAGUACCAUGUAAACAGUCUAGUACCUUUUUUUCUAUUUUCUAAAGACUUUGUUUUUCCUUUAAAAUUUUUUUAUAAUAUCAUGAUUCACCUGGUAGCUGGAUGGUUUGGUUCAUGCCUCAAAACACUUUAGCUAGGAACUUUAUGAAAGGUUUAUGGGAAAAAUUAAUGGGAAAAUCUCUUCUGGAAACAGGGCUGGGCGAUGAUGACAACACAUCGGUACUCUAUAAAGCACAUAAGCAAGCCAAAGAGGCAGUUUAUUUGUGUUAGUGUGACAGCAUGAAGUAAAUUAAUGUAUUUAAAUCUAGCAAGAUAACCUUCUAUAUGUGGGGAUGGCGCUAUGUUGAAUUUUUCACAAAACAACUCUCAAUUGAAAUUUUUAUGAGAAUAUUUUCUUAACCACUUUAGUAAUAAAUGAUCAAAAACGUGAAUAGCUUAGUCUCUGAACAAGCAAGUUUUCAGCAAAUCCUGUUGAUUCUCAUUCAAAACGGAAUACUUUCUAUGCAGGACAAAAAGGCAGUGGCUCUUAACAGGCUCAAAAUUUUGUUUCUCUCUCCUACCUAACAUGUAGACUUUUCAGGAGCCUGUAGCAAAGUGGUUAAGGUACAUGACUGGGAAGGUUGGUGCUUCAAUCCCUGGUGUAGCCAUAAAAUCCACACAGCUGUUGGGCCCUUGAGCAAGGCCCUUAACCCCACAUUGGUUCAGGGGGGAUUGUCUCCUGCUUAGGCUAAUCAACUGUAAGUUGCUAAAUAACAUGUAAUGCAAUAUCUGAACUUUGUAUUUAGAAUUCAGAACAAAGAAUCUCUGCAUACCAUUUCAAUGUGCUCAUUCAAAUGUUGUGAUUGUAAUUGCAUUGUAAUUGGUUCAUAUUUUUGUCUGUUAUGCUGAAUAUGAAUAUAUUGUGUCUGCUAUUUAUUACAACAAUGUUUUGAAUGAGCUUUUUUGUAAUAGCUUUGAGUCAAGGGCUGCUGUCCUGCAAAUAUUGAAUUAAAUGACAGAUAGUUCAUGGAGGUGAACAAAGAUCAGAUUGAAAAACAUUCAUGUAACACUAACGUUUUCUCAUUUUUAAUAACUUCUAAAAACAGGAUUUGUUUAAAAAAUGUCACUUUGGCCUUUUAAAAGAGCCAACAUAUAUUACACCAAUUAGUAUGCUUUAUGUUGUAAUACAAAACAAGUGCACCAUUUCACACCAUUUUACAACUCCAGUAUGUAUCUUCAGUUGGAGCCUGUGUCUCCUGAGCUCAAUGUGGAAACGGGGAGCAUUAACUUCAGAUUAUGCUGGAAAGAGAAUGUUGUUGUAAAGAUUAACAACUGGCUCUGUAAUGCCAUUCUGAAUAAAUAAUUGUUUUUGUUGAAUCAAAUAA